CCCACCUAUGAUUUUGUGAUAAUUUAUUCAAUCAAUUUCUGUACCUGAAAGACUAAUAUUUCAGGCAUUCAAAGGAUAUUGUCAAAAUGCCAGCGACACCGCAACUGUCUCCUCAAGAGGAGCAAGAAAAACUCUUAGAAGAAGCAAUCGGUGUUGUUAAAAAUCAAGCUUUCCAGAUGAAAAGAUGUCUUGAUAAGGGAAAAUUGAUGGAUGGAUUGAAACAUGCAUCUACAAUGUUGGGAGAGCUAAGAACCUCACUACUGUCACCAAAAAGCUAUUAUGAGCUGUACAUGGCAAUCUCUGAUGAACUACGACAUCUUGAAAUGUACCUGGUGGAAGAAUUCCAGAAAGGACGAAAAGUUGCUGAUCUCUAUGAAUUGGUUCAAUAUGCAGGAAAUAUUGUUCCUAGAUUAUACCUCCUGAUCACAGUUGGAGUUGUGUACAUCAAAUCAAAUGAACUAUCUAGAAGAGACAUCCUGAAGGAUCUUGUAGAAAUGUGUCGAGGUGUGCAACAUCCUUUGAGAGGUCUGUUUCUUAGAAAUUAUCUUCUCCAGUGUACUAAGAAUGUUUUACCAGAUAAUAAUGAUGAUGCUACUGGUGGAGAAAAUGAGAGUGGAAAUGUCCAAGAUUCUGUGGAUUUCAUACAGUUGAAUUUUGCUGAAAUGAAUAAAUUGUGGGUUCGAAUGCAGCAUCAAGGUCACUCCAGAGAUCGAGAAAGACGAGAACAGGAAAGAAGAGAAUUAAGAAUAUUGGUAGGAACUAAUUUGGUACGAUUGAGUCAACUGGAAUGUAUUGAUAUGGAGAGAUUUAAGAAGAAUGUCUUACCUGGUGUUUUAGAGCAGGUGGUCAACUGUAAAGAUCCCAUUUCACAAGAAUAUUUAAUGGAAUGUGUCAUUCAAGUCUUUCCUGAUGACAACCAUUUGCAAUGUCUGAGUGCGUUCCUGAGAGCAUGUGCUGAUCUGCAUCCAAAUGUCAACGUGAAAAACAUCAUCAUAGCUUUGAUUGAUCGAUUAGCAUCAUUUGCUCAGAGUGAAGAAGGCAAUGGAAUUCCAUCAGAUAUUCAACUUUUUGAUAUUUUCUCACAGCAGAUAGCACAAGUUAUCCAAAACAGACCUGAUAUGCCACCGGAAGACAUUGUGGCCCUGCAAGUAGCUUUGAUGAAUCUGGCAUUGAAAUGCUAUCCUGAUAAAGUAGAAUAUGUUGAUAAAGUGUUAGAAACUACUGAAGAUAUAUUUAACAGGUUAAAUCUGGACCACCUUGAACAUGGUGCAGCUGUUUCUAAAGAAUUGAUGAAAUUGAUGAAAAUCCCAAUUGACACUUACAAUAGCAUCCUGACUGUUUUGGAACUUCAACAUUUUGGAGCCAUGUUUGAAUAUUUCGACUAUAAAGGGAGGAAACUCAUGAGUUGUUUCAUCAUUAACAAUAUUCUGGAAAAUGAAACGUGUAUUCCUACUCAAGAGCAAGUUGACUUGAUACUAAAUAUUGUGAAUUGCUUGGUUCAAGAUCAGAAUGAUCAGCCUGAAGAGAUUGAUGAUCCUGAAGAUUUUGCUGAAGAACAAGGUCUUAUGGGAAGGUUUAUUCAUCUGCUCUACUCCGAAGAUCCUAAUCAACAGUUCCUGAUUCUUAAUAUGGCCAGGAAACAUUUUGGAAGUGGAGGUGACCAAAGAAUCAAGUUUACCUUACCCCCAAUUGUUUUUGCCGCUUGCCGUCUGGCCAACAGAUAUGUGGACUUGAAAGAAGAAGAUGAAAAUUGGGAAAAAAAAUGUCAAAAGAUUUUCCAAUUUGUUCACCAAACUAUUGGUGCUCUAAUUAAAGCAGAAUUAGCUGAAAUUCCUCUACGUCUGUUCCUACAAGGGGCAGUAACUGCUGGUGGAAUUGAGUUUGAAAACCAUGAAACUGUGGCUUAUGAAUUUAUGUCACAGGCUUUCUCUAUUUAUGAAGAGGAAAUCAGUGAUAGUAAAGCUCAAUUGGCAGCCAUUACAUUGAUCAUUGCUACUUUGGAACAAAUGUCGUGUUUUGGAGAAGAAAACCAUGAACCUCUCAGAACGCAGUGUGCCCUUGCUGCUUCUAAAUUGUUGAAGAAACCUGAUCAAUGUCGUGGAGUGUCAAUCUGUUCCCAUUUAUUUUGGUCUGGUAAAAAUAGUAAAGGUGAAGAAAUGAGAGAUGGUAAACGUGUGUCAGAUUGUUUAAAGAAAGGACUUAAAAUCGCUAACCAAUGUAUGGACAGUUCUGUUCAAGUUCAACUCUUUGUGGAGUUAUUGAAUCAUUACAUUUAUUUCUUUGAAAAAGGUUGUGAUCAAAUAUCUAUCCAAGUUCUAAACCAAAUAAUCACCAAAAUUCAAGAACAUUUACCAAAUUUGGAGGCAAAUGAGGAAACCGAUCAAAUCAACAAACAUUUCAAGAACACUGUUGAACAUUUACAAAUGAAGAAAGAAAUUGGUGAUACUGAAGUUUCAUUUGCAGGACUCACCAUUUAA